AUGUACAGCUUCGCACUGAUCACGGUGUCUGCCGUGUUCCUUUUACUGGGCGGGAGAGGAGCGGACGGCUCAGCUGGGUUCAUAAAAUCUCCACUCUCAGAGGUCAGACUGACAGGUGAAUCAGUGGAGCUACACUGUGAGGCCAUUGGCCACCCUAUACCUGAGAUUCAGUGGUGGUUUGAGGCAGACUAUAACGACAGUUUCUCUCAGCUGUGGGAUGGAGCCCGUGAAGACAGAGUACAGAUGAACACAACCUAUGUCCUCCAUGCUACAAGCACACUCUAUCUUUUUAACCUGAGCCCAGAAGACUUGGGAACCUAUGAGUGUCGUGCCAGCAAUGAUCCAGAUCGUAACCAUUUGACCAAGAUUCCUCGCAUCAAGUGGAUUCGUUCUCAAGCCAAUGUUGUUGUCAUAGACCAUCCACUUAUUGUAACAAGCCAUUCAAAUGCAACUGGUGGAGAUUUGCUCACCUGCAAUUUAACAGACUUUGCUCUUGUCAUCUCUGGUCACCAGUGGCUUAAGGGAGCCAAAGUGAUACAUGAAGAUAAAGAUUCCUCCCAAAUUACAACCCACAAUAUUACUGGAGUGAAUGCAGAAACCUCUGGACAAUACACCUGCAAGUUCCUGACCUCUCCUGAAGUGUAUGCAGUGAUUAACAUAACAGUUGCACCUCAUGUUGUGGCUUACAAGAAAACAGAACAUGGAAAUGAAGGAGACACAGGAGUGCUGACCUGCAAAAGUAACUCUUUCCCACAUGUAGAGGAGUGGAUGUGGUCAAUGGUUUCAGCAGAUGGAAAUAAGCCCAUAGUGAACGGGAGCGAAGACCGUUAUUACAUAAAGUCUACUGGAAAUAAGACAGAGCUACGUAUUCACCAGCUGGAAAUAGAAAAGGAUCAAGGUGAAUAUAUUUGCAAUGGAUCGAAUGAACAUGGUAACGAAGGGGCCAUCAUCUCUCUGCAUGUGCGUAGCCGUCUUGCCGCACUCUGGCCAUUCCUUGGCAUCGUAGCUGAAGUUCUGAUCCUAGUAACAGUCAUCUUCAUCUAUGAAAAGAGGAGAAAGCCAGAUGAUGUGCCUGAAGGUAACACUACAUUUGUCACCUUAUUAUAA